CCCAGAAACCCUUGCGCGCUUUACGUAGAUGUGCGUCAACUCCCCAGUCCCCCCACCAUCACCGUUCUACAGAGGAAGAAAGGGGGAGACGGGCAACCUAUACAGAACGCUUUCAUACAAAUAUGAGCGGCAGCGGGCGGCCCAGGACCAGCUCCUUCGCUGAGCCUCCCGGAGCUCCCGGGUCCGCUGCAGCCGGUGCCGGAUCAGCAGCAGCCGGUGGGAGCUCGACAGGAAAGACUGGGGCUUCAACAGCCAGUGGAACCAGCUCGACGAGCUUCGGGAAUCUGAAACUGCCUAGAGACAGUGGCAAGGUGACGACGGUGGUAGCCACACCUGGCCAGGGCCCCGACCGCCCACAGGAAGUCUCUUAUACAGACAUAAAGGUUAUAGGAAAUGGCUCCUUUGGGGUGGUCUACCAGGCUCGCCUCAUCGACAGCCAGGAGAUGGUGGCCAUUAAGAAAGUUCUCCAAGACAAGAGGUUCAAGAAUAGGGAGCUGCAAAUUAUGAGGAAAUUGGACCACUGCAACAUUGUGAGGCUACGUUACUUCUUCUACUCCAGUGGAGAGAAGAAAGAUGAGGUGUAUUUGAAUCUGGUGCUGGACUUCGUUCCCGAGACCGUGUACAGGGUGGCUCGGCACUUCAACAAGGCAAAGACCACCAUCCCCAUCAUCUAUGUUAAGGUGUACAUGUACCAGCUGUUCCGCAGUCUGGCUUAUAUCCAUUCCCAGGGCGUGUGUCACAGAGACAUCAAACCCCAGAACCUGCUGGUGGACCCGGAGACGGCCAUCCUCAAACUCUGUGAUUUUGGCAGUGCGAAGCAGCUAGUGCGGGGGGAGCCGAAUGUUUCCUAUAUCUGCUCGCGGUACUAUCGCGCCCCGGAGCUCAUCUUUGGAGCCACCGACUACACGUCCAACAUCGACAUCUGGUCGGCCGGCUGCGUGCUGGCCGAGCUGCUGCUGGGCCAGCCCAUCUUCCCCGGGGACAGCGGGGUGGACCAGCUCGUAGAGAUCAUUAAGGUCCUUGGGACACCAACGAGGGAGCAGAUCCGGGAGAUGAACCCGAACUACACAGAGUUCAAAUUCCCUCAGAUCAAAGCACACCCCUGGACAAAGGUGUUUAAGCCUCGCACGCCCCCCGAGGCCAUCGCUCUGUGCUCCCGGCUGCUGGAGUACACGCCGGUGACCCGGCUGUCUCCGCUGGAGGCGUGUUCGCACGCCUUCUUCGAUGAGCUCCGUCAGCCCAACACCCGCCUGCCCAGCGGGCGAGAACUGCCGCUCCUCUUCAACUUCAGUCCCGUCGAGCUGUCUAUCCAGCCCCAGCUGAACUCCACACUCAUUCCUCCUCACGCUCGUGCACAGACAUCGCCUGCCUCACAUGAGGGCGGUGUGUCAGACAGUACCGCCCAGCCCAGCUCAGCACCCGGAUCCAUCAACAACAGCACCUGAGCACCACCCCUCUGCCAUCCUUUUAUUUUCGUCUUCCCUCCCCAUCUUCCCUUUUCUCUCCUCUGCUCUUCUUCCCCUCAACCUUCCUCCUGGCUCCAAAACCCCCCCCCCCUUUAAAAAUAGAAAUAACUUCACACACACACACUCAGCAGUGCUAUUGUCCCUGAAUCUUUAACCAUUUCCAAUAGAAAGCAAUCUCUGUGGCUGCUAGCUUCUGGAAGGUGUGGGGUUGUUUUAAGGAUAUGUGGGGAGCCAAGCGUGGGUUUAAAAUAAGCUGCAGUUCAUCUGGCCUGUUAGAAUAAGUCAACUCGACAUUGGUUGGGAUGAUUGGGAUAAAAAGGAGGGGGGGUUGUACAUGUUAUGUGGAUUUUCUCUGUAUUAUAACUGACUUUUAUCCCUUUUUAUGUUCAUUUUUAUUUGCAUUGGUGUAUUUUAUGUGGCCGUGGUGCCAUUAAAUGGGGUCCUGAUUGGCUUUUGAGUUGAAAGGCCGUGUGAGAGGCCUGACUAAUAAUGACAAUCAUCUUUAGUGGCACGCAUGUAGUGUACACACUUGAUUAUAAGACCCACUGUGUAGACUGGAGGCUUUUAGGCCUCUUUCUACCUUCAAGUAUUGUCAGUUCAUCCAGCGGCACGGUGGCCACGUGAAGACUUUUUUUUUUAAUCUUCAACUUUGACCCCAGAACAUAUUGGCUGAUUUUAGAGUUGGUUUUACAUUUUAUUAAAAAAGGAAAUGCACCACAGCCUGUCUUUUUAAAAAGCUCCUCGACUGCCUUUUAUGUGAAUGAGAGGGAGCAGAGUGCACAGUUUCUUCCCGAUAAGCUCAUGUUUUCAUCGAUUAAGCUACAAGCUUCUCUUAUUGCACAUCUCCAAAAGGGAGUAGAGGGGAAGCAAAGGGGUGAGUUAUGUUUGUCCAGCUGUUAUCAUAACGCCACACAGGUUGUUGAUGUGGGGCUCCAGUUACAUCUAAUACAGAAGUGUCAUAAACACCACUUCGUUAAUUAUGUCACUUUGUGGUUUCUUAUGGGCUUGAUUAUGUUGAUCAGGCACCUUCACCGCUCGUCAUCGUCAUUUCACACAGUUGUUUCGUGCAGGCGGAGGACUGAAUUUAGUUUGGUUUGUGAGAGCGACUGGCUGAAAACCCUCUUCCCAAACAGUGCAACGCUUCCAUCAUGUUCUUAGUGUCCCUCUGUGGAGUUAGUCGGAACUGAUGGUGAAUGAUUUGCGCAGCCUACCGUCGGCAGUUGUCUUUCAGACGUGCAUGUUCAGCCCACACUAUAUUGCUUCCACUAAUCUCAGUAAUAAUCCGACCAGCUCAAACCCUGAAACCCGGCGUCUUUUUGGAGCCUCCCCUUCCUCCUCCUCCUCCUCCCUCUUUCCUCCUCCUUUUUUCACUGCUAAACUGUAAAUAUCAAGUACCUUUUAUUUUAUUUUGUUAUUUUUAUUGUUAUUAUAUUGUUGUUCUUGUAAUUUUUUUUCUCUAGUAGACCGGCGCAGCAGCGUCCGGACUGUUUAUCCUCAGUCGCAGUCUGUAAAUACGAUUUCAUUUCAGUCCCUGGUUCAGGAGGGGAAAUACAGAACAAAAUGUUUCAUUUUUACUCUCUCUCCCUCCAUUUCUCGAUUCACCACUUUCCCCUUUCCCCCUAUAAAUGUUGUCAUAACUGUUUUAUUUAUUGUAUUGUGUUGUUUUUUUUGGGCGGGGGUGGGGGACUCGUUUCCACUGCGGUGGUACAAUUGAGGUUCUUUUUUUUUUUUAUUCCAAAUUUGAGUCCAACUAUGUCACAUGCAAAACGAUUUCACAUCCAAGAUACUGUACAGAGAUCCGGACGUUGGUGUGUGUGCUUUCCAAUCAGUGCUGUCGUGUGUAUGCUCAUAAGAGCCAACACGUGGAACUCCAGUUUUUUCAUUUAACUUCAAUGUGAAGGGAAUGUUACAAGCCUCUGGAUCUACAGGGUCGUGGUGUUGAGGGAGCACGGAUAACCCUGUGUGAGUGUGAGUGUGUGUGUGUGUGUGUGUGUGUGUGUGUGUGUGCGCAUGUGAGUGAGUGUGUGUGUGUGUCUGGAGGAAAGGGGAAAUAAUGAAUCUGUCCAUUGACAUGUAUCAUCUCCUGUGUCCGACCGUCUCCUGUUUCGCUUACUGUGUUUAGUAUGAGUGUACAGGUGUUAGGAUGUGUGUAUGCUUCACAGAUACUUUGUGAGUUUCUGCAGGGAAUGUAAGUGUGUGUGUGUGUGUGCGCUGGCAGACCAUUGACAUUAUUCUCAGUACUCCUGACUUUUUUUCCUAAAAAUGAAGAGCUCAUUAAAUGUGCUAUUUUAAUGUUUUUUUUUCUUCCAUCUUCUGAUCUGUCACACUUUGUUUUUAAUUUGCUGUGGCCCUGCUCUUUUAUCUCUCGUCUGAGGGUAAAUGUCAAAGUUGGUAAACAGAACGGUUGGAAAAAGGAGAUGAUGAAGAGAGAGGGAUGGAGGGAGAGAGACAGUUUUUGUUUGUUGGUAUAAAUAAUUAAACUCAUUAAUAAAGUGAUGAAACGGU